AUGUUGGAUGCGGAGGACUUUGUCAUGAGUCUGGUUUGUGCACGCACGGAAGACUUGCAGCGGCGCGAUGCACUAAGAAGGAGGCGUGCCGACUACAUCGUUAGAGAAGACGAAGCACGUGCGAAGCGAAGUGAGGAAGAGUUGAAGCAUGUGCUUUACCGUGGCACCGACUAUAUUUCGCUAGUAGAACAUAACUUUCGCCGCUCCCUCGAUGAUAUGGGUCGUUGGUGGGACCUCCUCAGCGAGCACGUUAUAAAGGAAAAGCGUGAAUGCGAGGAAGCUGAAAGGCUUCAAAAACACAUGACUGACAUGUGCCUGUCAACGUUUACGAAACGAGAACUCUCGGAGCAGGUGUCAGUGGUGGAAAAGGAUGAACGGCGCCUCGCAGAGUUGGAAGAGCUCCUCAUUGCUGAGGAUAAAGCAGCGAAGGAGGAGUCCGUCGAAGAAGCUAUGCAAAGGGUUCUUAUGGGCGCCGAAAAGUGCAUCGAUUUCCUCGAUUCAAAUUCUCUAACGAAUAGGUCUACUGGAAGCCUCCUCACAUGUACAGCCCUCCACUCUUUCAUUCAGUCGAUCGCAGGAGUGCCGGUGUCAAUAGAACGAAGCGCCAGCAUUACCUUCGGUAUGAUUUUCGGUCACCACCCAUUUCGUCUGGUGCCAAGCACAUUCCUCAUGCUCCUUCACACAUUGUAUAACAAGAUGUGGUCAAAUGAGCCCGCGGUCAACCGUUUUGACAUCUGCAAAAUACCGUUGUUUCUCGUAGAUGGGCCGAAGUUCAGUGGAAAGUCUUUGGUGUCACAUCAUGUCGCAACUAGGCUCUCGCUUCUGCAUAUAUCUGAUAGGGAUCUGGUAAACAGAGCAUUGGAGGCGUAUCACAGCGAGCGUGAAGGGCUGCCCACACUUUUAGCAACGGAGAGCAGUGAUGAUGUUCCCUAUAUCAGAGCCUAUGAGGAGCACGACGAAAACAACGAUGAGACAGCUUAUCACAGUCAUGAGCGUGUUAUGCAAACCGUGGAGUCCGUAAUGCGCCUUAGUCCGUGGGCAGUCGCUGGGGAAGAGAUUGAGGGGGGCCUCUUACAUGGUAGGCCGGUGGAGCCAUCGCUUAUUGUGCAUUUGAUGCAGUUACAGAUGAAAGACACGCUGGAAGGGUGUAGUGGUAUCCUGUUUGAUGGGGCAGUGGCAGGUCUAGAAGAGCUCCAGAGAUUGCAGCUUAUCAUCCCUCCCUUUGUUCACCCUUUCAAAGGGGCCUUGAACAACUGGCCAUCACCACCGCCAUUGCCACCAAGCAGUACGGAUGACGGGGCACCGACUGAGGAGAAUCAAGCGCAGAGGCUACUUGUUGUGCAGCGUGAAGCGCGGUUGGAGCAACCCGUUGUGAGAGGCGAAGGCAAAACGCGACCAUCUAAAAAGGGUGUAGAUCUCAGCACUUUGCCACCUCCAGUGCUACCUGAGGUCGUGUACCCGGAGUUGGCACCCGAAGAGCGAGAGGCAAUAGAGCGCUGGGAAGGGCGGGAGGAAGAUACGAAUACACUAUUUUCAGCCAUGGUCUAUAUUCACUGCGGGACCCAGGAAAUUUUUAACCGCUUUGCAGGACUACGCGUUGACAAGGAAACAGGUGAGCAGUAUCAUAUGAUAUUUUGCCCACCACCGCCGGAGCGGGUGCCGCACGUUGUCAACCUAGACCGCACAAGAACCUCGACGGCCCUGCUCCACCGCGUUGUGCUUGAACAGAGGCGAAAGUGGGAUGCACUGCGGCGUUCCCUCACGCAUGAGAACGGUAGUGGUGGCAAUUUGUAUGAAGUUGACGGCGAACAGGCGUUGGAUGGUAUCGUAUCCAACGUGGCGAGAGUUAUUAGUUCCAGGCAAAGGAUUUUUGAAGAAAACAUGCUAAUGUACGAGGCGGCCAUGGGGGCUAAGAAGCAGAAGAAGUGGAUUGAGGACACGAUUGUGGAGAUGAGGGAACGACGUGAGGCGGAGCGGAAAAGGUUGAUCAAGAUAUAUACGGAGAGCGGUGUACCAAUUCCACACGAAUUGGAGGAUACAUCCCCAUUGCCGAGCGUCUACACUAUGCCGGAGGAGACACCCCAACUAUUCUUUAGGGGUCUUGCCAUCUUUACGUCGUACUAUAAUGGUAUAUAUGGAUGGACUGGGGCCGCUGUAGAAUCGCUGGUGCGUAUACUUCUCGGCUACCGCAAGGUGGCUAUGGAGAAGUACGAGCGUUUCUGGAACCAACCAGAUGAAAAGCAGGGGAAGUUGGACCGCUUCGUAGAAAAUUACAACAACAUCCCUUUGCAACUACUUGGGCAAGCAGUGUGUAAAAACGAGCUUCAUCUGCUGGUAGACCAACUGCGAGACGAGCUGUUUAGCGUUGCAGAGGCAACAGGAAGGGACGUCACCACGCGGAUUGAUUUGAUUACAAAGAAGGAGAACUUCCUGGGACCGUGGAGCACGACGGUUUGUAACGUUGCCAUCGCCACUGUGAAGGGAGAAAUAGAGCGUUUCAUGGCCACACUGAACAUGGUACUUAUCUAUUUUAGUACUGUCGUCAACGAACCGUGUGUGUUUGAGGAGUUAGAGUCUGAAGCUGUUAUGACGCGUGCUGGAGUUGACGGCGUCCAGGAGUUGGCAAAGGGGAAGGAUAAGAAAGUCCAAGGAUCGAAGAAGCCACAGCGACCCGAAGACUUGGCCGAGAAAACGGGAGAAGAUAUGCUUGUCGAGGCCAUUGGAAAGCUUGUUACCACCAUUACGAACUACGUCGAAAAACUCCAGGGACCGAUAACGGCCUCACAGCGAGUGCGAGAAAACGCAAAGGCGGCAGCUGCGGCUGCGGACGAUGGGAGGUUCAGUCUGAUUCUCACGAAAUGUAUGCCUUUUGUUCAUGAGGAGCUGGCUAGUAUGCAGGAGCGGAUUGGGCGUAUUCGACAGUUCUUUGUUGGACUCAUGCGCGAGGCAGAGCAGUACUGCGCGAACUGUAGAGACACUCUUCUAGCGAAGGCAAAGGAAGGUCGGCUUAGCUCUGCUUCCGCUAUAAACACGGCCAUCUAUACUCUUCGCAAUGCAAUUGAAACGGAGCGGGCCAUCCCUCCCCUGCACUUGGGACAGCAAACGUUCUCUGUUCUCUCUGGAGGUCCGAAACAGGACGAGCGCGCGGUGACACCUCUGUCACCGUAUGAAGUAACAAGCGUACAUGAGGUUCCCAUGAUCCACCGAACCCUCUCUGCGACGAGGCUGAUGAGCAUGAUUCGCACCUUUCGAAAUGUGGCACCUGACUACACAUUGGCGAGCGCCGAGUUUUUCUACAUUGUGCAACCUGAUGACUACGCGGGCGCACAGACGAGGAGUGUUCGCCUCAAGACGAGGCGUGAGGUCUUUGAGUCAUUUGACCCUCACGGUUGCGGUUAUAUUGACUGGCGUGAGUUUGUUCUUCACCUGAUGCUUUGGUGCGAAGCGGUGCCCGACAUGACGAGGCGGGACGAACCAAACAACUACUAUAUAAGGGAAUGUUCCAUCGAGGAGCUCCUCGAAACAAAGACAGCGUUGUUGGGUGCGCAGGAAGUGGAUGAGGAAACAUUUUCAAAAGUGCCCUUCUACUUCGCUAAGGAUCUUAGCGAUGACCGGCUAGGGGCGUAUAUGCAAGCACUGUGGUUAACGUUCGCCGAUGAUGAUGGCAAACUUUGCCCUACGCCGUUAUUGGCGAUGAUGUGCGCGGACAGGCAACCCGUGCGAGGGGCGCAGAAAGCGUUUGCAGUGUUCCCCUCCGCGCAGGACGGUUUGUUGACUCCUUGGGAAAUAGAUUGCGUCUCCCACAUGCUUGCAACAAAUCCCCGAAACAUGUGUCUUCCAGAUGUCUUCUCAAAGGAAAACAUAGAUAUUCUGUACCAUGGUGAACGGGCUUUGUCUUUCGACUCAGUGUGCGAAUUGGUGAUGGGUCGUAGCAUGCUUAACAGCACCAAGGCGUUUCUUCGAAAGACAUUUGCCAUCGAUGUAGAUUGA